UUUAGAGAGCAACAAUGGAUAUUUGUAACGACAGUGCCGAGGGUUUGCAUGGGAGUAAAAAGCGACAAAGGAAUCCGAAAGUUUGGAAAGACAAUGAAAGGAAAACUGCUGCUCUUAAAGGUGAAGAAUAUGUUUCUACAUCCGGAAAAAGGUUUGCACCAAAAACAUCUGGUUCUCCAUGUUGGUGUAAGCAGAAUUGCACCAAGAAGUUUACCAAUGAAGAAAAAACCGUCUGAAUUUCGAAACUAUACGACUGUAAACCCAAUAAUGAACGUGACAAAUUCCUUCAAGGCCUAAUUGAAGUAAAACCAAUGAACUGUCAACACUGAUGGAACAGGCGUAACGCGUAUUCAUUGCGGC